GAAAAGUCACGUUUCCAAUCAGGAACGUUCGUUUUACAUCAGAGGACUCUUUGGCACGUCUAAUCAGAAAUGCUUUCGCUUGGACCGUUCUGCUCUUAAAACUGGGCAGUUUGUGGUAUCUUCCGCUGGUAAAAGUGGUGCUUUGUCAGGUUGUUUAAAAACUCUCUACACUUGCGAUGAAGGGCCUGGUUCCGGAGGACGCACCCGAUAGUGGGUACGGAUGCUUGGUUACGAAUCGCUUUGGCCAGCUUUUCGAUGAUGAGUCAGACCCGUUUGACAUCCUUCAGCAAGCACAGGUGGAGAAGCCGAAAGCCAAGAAGAAGGAAGAUUCUAAGAAGCCUGGGAAAGGGCUUAAGAAAGGGUCUCAAAGGGACCGCAAGACCCUUGUCACAGUCGCUGGCGACGGCGAUAAUGUUGCCAGUGUCAAAAGUUUACCAGCCCAGAAACGUCCCGAGAAGGGAGAGAGACGCGUCAAUUUCACUGAAAGGAGGGUGAAUGAGAACGAGGCUGAUCUCGGCUUCUCUGUUGAAAGGCCUGUUGAACAUGGUGAGAGAGGUGGAAGAGGACGUGGAGGAGGACGCGGCGGCCGUGGAGGAAGAGGAGCAGGUGGUGCAUAUACCCGGUCCACCGAUGGCUUUGACCCUAGAGGCAAGAGGGAGUUUGAACGCCACAGUGGCAGUGAUCGAACGAGUGUCCGACCUGAGGAGAAAAGGGGAGGCAAUGGCUCUCGAAACUGGGGCUCCAUGAGAGACCAGAUGAGCGCAACAGUUGAUGAAGCACCUGUUGAGGAAAUUGGACAUGGAGAGGAUGUUCCUGAGGCAGUUGUCGUUGAUGGGGAGAACUGCGCUCCAGAAGGUGAGGAGGUUGUGGAGGUAGCUAUUGAGAUGUCCCUGGAUGAGUGGAAGGCCCUUCAGAAACAAAGUCGCCCUAAAAACGAGUUCAACAUUCGCAAAGCUGAGUCUGCUGUACCCACCAAGGCGGUGGUCAUCCACAAGUCCAAAUUGCAAGAGGAGCAAGGCGAGAUAAAUGAACAGCUGGAAGAAGGGGACGUCUUCCUCCGUCGCCCUGCCAAUGACAUCACCUGUAAGAUGGAGAUCAAUUUUGGCAGCCUGGCUCGACCCUCACGCGGUGGCCGAGGGGGUCGCGGCGGACGGGGAGGCCGUGGGGGUUCCAGUGAAGUGCGCCCCCAAAUCUCACCCAACAAGCACAUGGUUGCGGUCCCUAACCCAGAUGACCCUGAAGAUUUCCCUGCUCUGGCCUGAGGAUCAAGAAGCAUGGCCUCUUGUCUUGGCACUGUGUCUUCAGUACACCUACGCUUGAGUAGGCGCACACUUGCAGGUUUUGGUUCUUAUCGAACCCACGGAGCUGUGCAUUUUUCCAGAUGUGUACUUUGGAAUAAUAAGCUUGUGUUGAGUAACCUGAGAAGUUCACCUGUUUACAAAUAAAUAAUGCAUGAUUGA